CCCAAUCAACCAGCCCAUAUAAAUAUCUAUAAGCCUUCCUCUCGUUCUGACAAGACGGUGACCCGAACUGAAAGCCCAUAAACAAGAACCGUUGCGUUGUUUCUCCGACCAUGUUCUCUCUGGACAGUGGACACACACAAAUACACAAUACAGGGGAGUUGGUUGCCAUGGAAACAGAAGUGGAGGUUUUUUCGGAAGGUGAAUUUCAGAGACAACUCCGAGAAAUGAUAUGUAAAGGUUCAUUGGAUUUUGAUGCCUGGACUGCAGUUAUAACACACAUUGAAAAGUACUAUCUGGAUGAUAUAGAUACAAUCUCUCUAGUUUAUGACUCCUUUUUGUCCAAGUUCCCUUUGUGCCAUGUAUAUUGGAAGAAGUAUGUUGAUCACAAGACACGUCUAUGCUCAGUUGACAAGGCUGUUGAAACAUUUGAACAGGCAGUGCAAUCAGCAACAUACUGCGUUAGUUUGUGGGUUGAUUAUUGUACCUUCAGCAUAGCUGCAUAUGAGGAUCCAUCUGACAUUCGUAGAUUAUUUAAGAGAGGCUUGUCCUUUGUUGGAAAGGAUUACUUAUGUCACACCCUGUGGGAUAAAUACAUUGAAUUUGAAUGUUCUCAGAACCAGUGGAGUUCUCUUAUAAGAAUUCUGAUUCAAAGUUUGAGGUUUCCAACGAAAAAGCUGCACAAUUAUUAUGAUAAUUUUAAAAAGUUUGCUGCAAUACUGGACGAGGAGAGGGAGUCCAUGAACAUUAGCAGCAUGGAAGUAAAAGCCGAAAUUCUCCCCUGUGGCACAAUCGACAUGUCCGAAAGUGAUAUCGAUAACAUCAUUAAAAACAUGCAAGAUCCGUCAAAUAACUCUGGGUGCACCAAAGCUCUGCAGAAUUAUCUUGCCACAGGAGAGCAGUUUUAUCACAAAGCAUGCCAGUUGGAGAAGAAAAUACAUCACUUCGAGGCUUCUAUAGGAAGGCCCUUUUUCCAUAUGAAGCCCCUCGAUGACAACCAUCUUGCAAGUUGGCAUAGCUAUUUGGAUUUUGUCGAGAAACAAGGAGACUUUGAUUGGACUCUGAAAAUUUACGAGAAGUGCUUGAUUCCGUGUGCAAAUUACCCUGAAUUCUGGAUGCGUUACGUUGAAUUUAUGGAAAGCAAGGGAGGACGUGAACUAUCGAAAUUUGCCCUAGAACGAGCAACUCAAGUAUUUUUGGAGAAAGCACCAGUCAUCCAUAUUUUUAAUGCAAGGUUCAGGGAGCAUAUUGGGGAUGUACAUGGUGCACGUGCUGCCUUUCUCCAAGGUGAUAAAGAUUCAAAUUCCUAUUUUGUUGAAAGUGUCAUAAAGGCAGCGAAUAUGGAAAAACGACUGGGAAAUUUGGCAGCUGCUUCCAGUAUUUAUGAGAAUGCACUAUAUAUGGCAGCUGAGAGGCAGAAAUUGCAUACUGUCCCACUUCUCUAUAUUCACUAUUCUCGUCUUAAACACCUGAUUGCUGCAAAUGCAGACAAGGCUAUUGAUGUGAUGCUGGAUGGUAUUGGGCAUGUGCCCCAUUGCAGAUUACUUCUAGAGGAACUAUUAAAACUUUUAAUGAUGCAUGAAGGGUCAAAAUACAUGACUGUGGUGGACUCCAUUAUAGCCAACACAAUAACAAGCAGGCCAGAUAUCUCUCAAAGUUUAAGCACUAAAGAUAAGGAAGAACUAUCAUGCUUGUAUUUGGAGUAUGUUGAUCUUUGCGGAACCAAUGAUGAUGUAAGGAAGGCGUCGAAGCGUCAUUUAAAGUUGUUUCCACACUUAAUACGAACAACUACCUCUAAUAAUAAUCCCAAUGCAACACAUCAGUUGUUACACAUGGCCAUAGAAGCUAGAAAAAUGAAGACUUUUUAUCAGCUACCCAAAAGUAAUGGUCCAGGCCAUCUGAUCCAGAUCCCUGUAGAAGAACAAGAACUUUCAACACCAGAAAGUAAUGGUUUCGUUCCUGACCUGGUUGUGGCAGAAAAAGUGCCAAAAGGAGAUGGCAAUGGUGCACAGGAGGAGCACUUAUCCCUUGGAAAUGAGUUGCUCUCUAUAGAAGAUGUAGCUGAAGUCAUAUCAAAGCAAAACUUCGUGCAUCAAUCUGACCAUGAUUUCAUUGGAGCAAUGGAAUCAACUCAGGAUUUGACAUGCAAUCCUAAAAUAGAUGAAUCUGAAUUACUUAAUUUUACCAAUGGUUCAGCAAAGCAAUCUGAACAAGCCACAUCCAGAUCAGAAGAGUUGAUUCCGGAAGUAGAACAGUCCAAAGUAACAAACAUACCAUCAGAAUUCUUGCAACAAUGCUCUAGUUCUUCAGAUAUUCAUGAGAUGGAAGCUAAUGAGCUAGAAAAUCAUCCAAAGCCAGUUCAUAUUAUGGAGAAGGCUUCCCCAAGUUCCUGGGAGAAGGAAUCUCAUGAUAUUACAACCAUGGAACUCCAGGAUCAUGGUGUAGCCCAGAGAAGUUCAAUUUCUGAUGGACAAAUAUUAGAGAUUGGCCGUUUAGAAGAGAUUCAUGUUACAUCUAACGCAAAAGGCUCUCCACCUACUAAUCCAUCUAGUAUAAAAAACAAUGUUCAGAAUAAUGACCCUGUAAACCUCUUAUCUUCAACAAGUCACCAGAGUCUUAUCCGGAGACAAACAGAAUGUGAGGUGCCUGCAAACAGUGGAGAAAACAGUCCUCAGAUUUCUAUUAGUAAGGCGUCUGGUGGUACAAGUCCUGAAUAUCACGAACAUUUAAAUGGUGUACGACAGCAUGAUGAUCUCCAUGAACAGUGCUCAACUGACAAAAUGGCUCAUAUUUCAGCACUUGAUGUUAACCAAGGUGGUCAUCAGUAUCCCUCAGGUGCUGCUCCAGGAAAUGUAACUGGUCAUGCCAGGCCAGUAAAAAAUGUAGAGAACCCAAGCCAUGUAUCUGCUCCGCUUUCUGAAUCAUCGCCUCAGCAUGUUGUUUCCCACCCUCAAGCAUUAAUUACCCAAACUAGUGAAUUGCACGGGCCUAUUCAGGACAGCCAAGAAUGCAAUCAGAUGUUGCAAUAUCAGUUACAGCAGCAGCAGCAGCAACAACAACAACAACAACAACAACAACAAAUGCUUCUGCAUCAACAGUAUCAAAACCAGAUGAUACAAUUACAGAACCAAUACUUUCAGCUGCAACAGCAAAAUAAACAACUCUAUCAGCAUCAGCUACCUCUGCCACAGCAACAAAAUCAGCCACUGCCACAGAUCCAACACCAGCACUAUAUUCAACAGACACAGCAGCUGCAACAGCCAUCUUAUCAACUAGAGCAACAACAGUAUCUAUUCUACCAACAGCAGCAGCAACAAGUGCUGCAUCAACAACAAAUGCUGCAGCAACUACACCCUGGUCAGCAGGAGCAGUGCACUCAAUUGUCAGGACAAGAACAUCAGACUCAGUUGCAGCAUCAUAACUAUCAGUCUGAGGAGAAUGUCCGUCAGCACAAUGAACAAUAUCAACUACAGUGGCAGCAGUACCUGGUGCAACAACAAGCAUAUCAACAAUAUCUACAGCAGCAGAACCUACAACAGCAACAAGCAUAUCAGCAACUUCUGCUGCAAAACCAAGCACAGUUGCAGCAGUCUAUUGCUUCAACAGGCACAGGCAACUAUCUACAGGGCCAAGGGCCUAUCCCGCAAUGUGAUACAGAUGCAGCUGGACUUUCUGAAGAUCAUACACAAACCUCCCCAGAGGGCAUGGAAGAACCACAAAAUGCAGUUAACUGCAGGCCUGAUUUCUCUCUGCGUCCACGACGCCACAACCAAUCCUCACACAGGGCUUCACGAACGGUCAACACACCUCUCUCGCCCACUUUAAGUGAUCAGUCCCCUCUCAGUCGAUCGAAAAGUUAGAUAAUGGCCCUCCUGGUCUUGUAUGAGUUAUUUAAUCUGUCAAUUAAGGUGAUUGAGUGUGGAGCUGUGGCAGUUGGAACUUCUACUAAUGUUCAACGAUUCAUAUACAUAAUAUUGCAUGGGGGUGCUGCUGCUGAUACCUCUUGUUGCCCUUUACUCGCAUGUCAGUAUCUCAAUAUAUCUUUAACCUUGAACAUA